CCUAUAAUGAAAAUAGACUGGUUUAGCAACUAUUCAUUUUGAUACAUAUGUAAGACCGUCAUCAGAUUAGCAUUUAUUAUUGUAUACAUAAUCAAAAAAACAGUGUAGGUUUUUGUUUAAUUAGUAUGAUUUCGACUUCUAUUGCUGUCACCAGUUGUACAUUUUAAAUAUUGUUUUUUCAAAGUGUAGUGUCUUAUUGAAUUUAAUUCCUUGAAUUUUAUUUUAAAUAAUUAAUAGAAACAAGAUAAAAAAACAACUAUUUUAUAAUGGGUUUAUUCAAGUGUUGCUUCAAUAUUGGUCUUUAUUUUGCUGCAUUAAUUGGAUUUUUGGCAUUAAUACCUCUGCCACCAUUUAAUAGUACAUUUACUAAAUAUAGUGUUGUACCAGCUAAACCCUUAACAGGAUCAUUGGCAUUAAAUGAAAAACUAUCAGGAGCAAAAAAACUUUUUGAAAAUCAAUUGAAAGGACCAGAAGGAUUAGCAUAUCAUGAAGGAUUCUUAUAUACAACAAUUCAUGGUGGCCACGUAGUAAAAAUAUAUGAUGAUAAAAUUAUUCCAGUUAUGAAAUUUGGAAAAUUAUGUGGUGCGUACCAAAGUAAAAUUUUCAUUUAUGAUGGGUUAUAUGAAGAACAUCUUUGUGGAAGACCGCUGGGAUUAACUUUUGAUUCUAAAGGAGCCUUAUAUAUUGCAGAUUGUUAUAAUGGUAUUUUUAAGGUCAAUGUUAGUUCUACUGAUCAAAAAGAACAUUUAGUUACAAUGAAUGAUAUAAUUGAAGGAAAAACACCAAAAAUACCCAACUCAGUUGCUGUAGCUUCUGAUGGAACUGUCUAUUGGACAGACUCUGAUACAAACCAUGCAUUACAUGAUGGUAUUUUUACAAUGCUAGUUGAUGGAACUGGAAGAUUAGUAAAAUAUGAUCCUAAAUCAAAAAAAAAUACAGUUUUACUUAACAAUCUACAAUUUGCAAAUGGUAUUGCAUUGUCUGAUGAUGAAUCUUUCAUUAUUGUAGCUGAAACUCUUAAAUUUCGCAUCCACAAAUAUUAUCUUAAAGGACCUAAAGCUCAAAAAAGUGAAAUAUUUGUUGAUGGAUUACCAGGAAUGCCUGACAAUUUAAAGUCAAAUAAAAGAGGUUCAUUUUAUGUUCCACUCGUGAUAAGCAGAACACCAUAUCUUGAUGAUAUUGGUAGCUAUCCAAAUUUAAGAAUGAUAUUUGCAAAAUUAUUAGGAGUAUUAGAUUUUACUCUUCAAACUAUGGACUUUUAUUAUCCAAACAUUUAUUUUAAAAAAGCUUAUCACUGGGUUGGUCAUUUUGAAUCAAUUUCUUUUCCAAAUAAAAUGCUUACUAUUCUUAAAAUCAAUGAGAAUGGAGUCAUUACAUCAAGCUUUCAUUCAACCAAAGGUGAUAUACUUAAUAUCUGUGAUAUUGAAAUUGUUGGUGAUAAAUUAUAUCUAGGAUCUCCAUUUAACAACUAUUUAGGAGUGGUUGAUUUGCCUAAAGAUUUUAUUUGAAAUGUGUAAUUUUUUUUUUUAAUUAAACAUUUUCUUAUUAUUUAUACAUAUAAAUGAUAAAAUAAAUAAUAAUAUAUUAUUGUGUUAGGUUAUAUUUUCAAAAAAUUUUAAUUUUAUAUUUGUCUUGUAAAAUAUUUAAGUUUAAUUAUAUGAAAAAUUUAUGUUUUGAAUUUUAA